AUGACUUUCCCCCAACAACAAAUUCUGCAGCAACACCUAUACCCACACCAUGUCCAAUAUGUUGUUGUUCAACCACAAUAUGCUCCUUUAUCUCUACCACGUUCAUCAACUCCAGCUUCUGAGGUUGUGUCAACACCACCACCACCUCCACCAGCUGGAGCUAUGCCGUUACCAGGACCGCAAAUCCCACCUCCACCUGCUAGAGUGGUACCAUUUAUGCCAGUGUCAGAGUCGAUUAGCGCUUGGUUGAACAGUUCCAGGUUGAGUAGUUCUAAGAAGAAUGUGGUAUACUGGGCGAAUGUUACGGGUGUGUACAACAGAGACACCUCAAAAGAUCAGAAAUGGGCACGUGUGCAAUUGAAGUACCACUGGCAGAAGAUUAAUGCACCUGAAACAGAAACAGGCGAACAAGAUAGCAUGUCUGCAAAGAAGAAACAGGAAACAGAGUUGCAAGAACCAGGUUGUUCAGAGUUGCAAGAAGACAUCCAGUGCCCAGGCCCCAGAAGACAUUCAGUGCACUGCCUCAUGUCUCGCAGCGAUGGUGCCACCCUUGGCCACCAGUGCGUCGAGGCCGCGGUGCUCGCGGCCCCCUUGGCCCCCCCGCGCGUCGAGGCCAUGGUUGCCCACUCCCUUUCCCACCGCUCGUCGAGGCUACAAUGGCAUCCGCCCCCUCGGCCAACCGUGCGUCAAGUCCACUGCAACGGCACCUGUGUUGAGCAAGCAGCGAUGAAGAAGCCGAGAAGACAUGGCUCGUGCUGCAGAUCCGGUGAGGAGAAACGAGAGUUCAUUCAGAGCGUGGUUUCUUGA